CGUAUGAGGGUGUCGUCCUUCCGACGUGCUUCGCAAGCACAAGAACGUCCAUGGACAGUGAAGAGAUCGUUUUCCCUUCCGCGACGAAGCGUAAAAAAGGUCGUCCUCCUAAUGGGAGUCGAAUGGAGAGUUGUCUUGAGAAUGGGAGGGUCAGCCAAGCAAGGGCGAACAAGCAGAAGUGUUCGGUUUGCGGGCUUACCGGCCAUAAUCCCCGCAAAUGAAGGACCCCAAGGCCAGCUGGUGGAGUGCGUCCUGGUGACAUGGUCGUGGCGGAGAAUGCCGUGGCUGCUCGCGACGGUUCAAACCGAAUGCAUACUCACGAGCGUUUUGGGGACGAGCAUGAUCAUCUUGGAGUCUUUAACUCUCACGCAGCGGAUGGCUUUGAAGUAUAUCUGACGGAAGCGCAUGAGCAUGAGGGGUUGUCCGACGUGGACAACGUACAUGGAGAGGAACACGAGACAGACAAAGGGGUGGGCAAAGAUGAUGGCGAGGAGGGGGAUGACGAGGACGAGAGUGAGGACAUGGACGGGGACGACGGUGAGGAGUUGGACAAGGAUGACAACAAUGCUGAGAGGGGGGGAGAUGACGAAAAUGAGGAGGAGGAGAAGAAAGAGCAGAUUAAGGACUCGAACGAGGACAGGGAUGACAAAGGUGAGGACAACGACAACAAGGAUAGACAGGAUAAAAAGGACGAAGAGAGGGAUAAGGAAAACAUGAAGGACUCGGACGAUGACAAGGUCGACAAGGAUAGACAAAUGUUUGUGGAGAGAGAGGGAGAGGAGGUGGAUGACAACAGCGACAGUGACGACUGCGAGAAUGAAGAGGAGAGGGAAGGAGAGGAGGUGGAUGACGAGGAGGUGGAGAAAGAGAAGGAGGCCGUGCAUGAUGAGUUGAAGGACGCCAAUGAACAGAGGAAAAAUGUGGAGGUGGAGGUCGUGGAUCUUAGGGCGGUUGAUGACGAGGAAGAGGGGAUCGAACCUGAAGACCCGGAAACGAAGGAGUAGGACGCUCUCAAGGCGAACCCCGUGACUCAACCACAACCUCAACGU